GGGACUUCCGCUUCCUGGCCGCCUUCCCAGGACUCUCCGGUAGAGCCGCCCUCCUUCUAGGCGGACAGAAAUGGACUCAGAACUCAAGGAAGAAAUUCCUGUCCACGAGGAAUUCAUUUUGUGUGGUGGAAUUGAAACCCAGGUUCUAAAAUGUGGGCCCUGGACUGACCUCUUUAAUGAUCAAAGUGUCAACAGGCCAAAGCUACUUAUUUUCAUUGUUCCCGGUAACCCAGGUUUUUCUACCUUUUAUGUGCCAUUUGCAAAGGCUUUAUUCUCUUUGACAAGCAGACGCUUUCCAGUUUGGAUUAUCAGUCAUGCAGGGCAUGCCUUGGCCCCCAGAGACAAGAAGAUUCUUACAUCGGAGGAUCCAAAUGCACAAGAGAUUAAGGACAUCUAUGGACUGAGUGGUCAAAUAGAACACAAACUAGCUUUUCUGAGAACUCAUGUGCCAAAGGAAAUGAAGCUUGUGCUCAUUGGCCAUUCAGUAGGCAGCUAUAUUUCUCUUCAGAUGUUGAAGCGUGAGCCUGAGCUUCCAGUAAUUCGCUCCUUUCUGCUCUUUCCAACAAUUGAGCGGAUAUCUGAGUCACCCAACGGCAGAAUUGCUACCCCGUUCUUGUGCUGGUUUCGGUAUGUUCUCUAUGCUGCUGGCUACUUAAUACUGAAACCAUGCCCUGAGAAAAUCAAGUCCUUGCUAAUCGGGAUGGGCCUUCAAGUAAUGAACCUGGAGAAUGAAUUUUCACCAUUGAAUGUCUUAGAACCUUUCUGCCUUGGUAAGCAAAUUUAA